AAGCAUUUUCACAACUCUGCCAGUGGGAGGUGACUCUCUCUCCUAUAUUCAACUGUCCAAUUUCUAUACACAGAAACACACAGAUUCAGAUCUAGCAAUGGCAUGCUUCGACAGAGCUUCCCCUGCACUGAAGGAAACACUCCUCAAACUCCACUGCGCUAAGAAGCCUAUGGAGAUUGAUCAACGCAUAUACGAAUUCGGGGCGGUGGAAUACCAUGUUCAGUCUUCUGUCUCGGAGCCUUACCUCACUCACCUGUCAAUAUCGACUCCACUACUGUCUGAGGAAUUCUCCAGCUCCAAUGGUCUCUCAUACGAUGCCAUACAGAUGAUAAAGGAAAUCCGUGCAGAUGCUCUAGAGAUCGUUGAACCGGCCAAAGAUGGAUACCAGCUCACUAUCAGGCUCAACUUAUCUAAGAUCCCACCAGGCAAAGAGUCGAUAAAGGUCAUCACGGAGAUCUCCACGGUGCAAGCAAAACUUCUAAGCUGUCAGCUGAAAGAGAUGCUGCGGAAUGUUAACUCUCAGGAACAACUUCAAGGGAUGUACAGGCCAAUCAAACUCGUCUAUCACCACAGAGAGCCCUUCUUUGUCAUCAGGCAGCCACGGAAGAUCACAGCAGUUUUUCCUAUGCGAUUCAAAGAAGACCCAGAUGUGAUCAUAGCAACCGCAUUCUUUCAGGAACUCAUGGAUGUGGGAAGUUCAGAAGAAUGGGCCAAAGCACCUCCAUGUACAUGGUCACCUAUCCCUCCUGCCGAGUUGAGAGGGGAACCACUUGAAGAUCUGAGCACCAACUGCGGUUUCGUUUCGUUCGAUAUUACUUCACAUCAUGUGAAAGGCAAAAGGCUGGACAGGACAGUAUGGAGUUUACUGAAUUUCCAUGCCUUCGUCAAAUAUCACGUGAAGUGCACUCGAGGCUUUAUACAGAGAAGGAUGAGAAAGCGCUUGGACAGUCUUGUCAAGAUCCUUCACAGUGAAGGCCCAGACGAAGAAAGAGAGCACGAAGAGGAACCUAAAGGUUGUGGGUGCAUGAGUAGCUUCGCUAGUACCUCAAGAGCUAAGAACCUCAAACGAAGAUGCCGGAACUUAUUUGUCAGGAAGUCCAACAGAAUACGAUCCCCAGUCAAAGUCCGUGGAGGCAUGCGCUUUAGGCAUCGGUGGUUGAAGAUCCAAAAGUUCUCUUCACCAAGGAGAUACACCAAAUUAGACUAACAGUUUGUGAUUUUGUUACGUUUGAAAUCAAAGCAUCACUAAUCCACAGAAAAAUAGCCUAAUUUCUAUCCUCGCACAACAAAUUCCUACAAAAAAAAAUGCUAUAAAACUGAAGUUCUCAAACGUAAAGGACGUAGUUAUACUCCAAGAAAUUCAAGCGCAAUGCUCAAUCAGACUGCCUAGUUGCGUGCAACUUCGGGGUGAUUGUUGAAGGUCCAA